UCCUCGCAGUGGUUACCACUGUUGAGGAAGUCCUGGAAGAGUCAGCGCGUACUUGGAGAGCUAUUGAAGAGAAACAGGCUGAUGUUUUACUCUGAGCUCAGUCCAACUGCACAGCGGACAUUUGUGAAUGGAGAACAGGGCUGUGCGGCUGCUGUUUAUCUGCCUCCUCACCGCAGUGACGGCGCAGCAGGAGGAGGUGCGGGAGGUGCGGGAGGAUGGAGGAGGGUGGUUCUCCCCCUCAGACCUCCGGUUACAGGAUGAAGGUCGCUGCAACAUCGACGUGCUGGACGGCUCGUCGCUCUCAUACGAGCGCUUCAUGGAGAGAUACGCGUUCAGCAGACCGGUCAUCAUCAGAGGCCUCACCGACAACACCAAAUUCAGGCUCCUGUGCUCCAAGUCGAGCUUGCUGACAGAGUACGGCUCCCGCAGAGUGAGGCUCAGCACGGCCAACACCUACUCCUAUAGGAAAGUGGACGUCCCCUUCCAGGAGUACGUGGACGUGUUUCUGAGGCCUCAGUCUGCCGACGCCCUCGGCAGCGACACGCUGUAUUUUUUUGGGGACAAUAACUUCACUGAGUGGCGGCGCCUCUUCGAGCAGUACGAGCCGCCGCCGUACGUCCUGCCGCGCACCAGCGGAGCGUACAGCUUCGGCAUCGCAGGUGCUGGAACAGGAGUCCCCUUCCACUGGCACGGUCCCGGUUACUCCGAGGUCAUCUAUGGAAGGAAGCGCUGGUUCCUCUUCCCGCCCGACCAGGAGCCUCACUUCCACCCGAACCGCACCACCCUGUCCUGGAUCACAGAAACCUACCCCUACCUGCCGGAGGGCGAGGCUCCGCUGGAGUGCACCAUCAGACCUGGAGAGGUGCUGUAUUUCCCUGACCGCUGGUGGCACGCCACCCUCAACCUGGACACCAGCGUUUUCAUCUCCACCUUCCUGGGCUGAGCUCCGGCUCCCGGAGACUUUUCCUUCUGUUGCAGGAUGACACAAAGAAAAACACUCAUAGAGGGACUCAACCACAAAUAACUUUUAUUUCAGGGCAACAGACUUGAAUAUAUUUCUUAUCUGGAGGGAUGCAUGUGUAAUUUCACAGACCAGCAGGGAAUAUUAGACUGGAACCAUGAAUUCCAGUUAUAGCGCUGAUCAUCAUGCAGUGUUUCACUCUGCAGAGGCUGCAUUCAGCUCUACGAUCAGGACAGUUUUUAACGUUAAAGUAGAUAAAAACAUCGUUUUUUAAAGGGAAGCGCCUCAUUUCUGUGUGACGGACUCGGGAAAAUUUUCCUCCUAAAUCCUAAGGAUGGGACAGGUUAGCGCUCCACCCUCAUGCCCAAAUAUGGUCACGACUGGAAACAAAGUCAACAUGGAUGCAGCCAGAACGCCAAUACAGAGGCUUCAAAAUACAGAGAACAGUGGGUGGAGUCAGUGGCUACAUCCAUCUUUUAUUUACAGUUUUAGAGCUGCUGCCUGAUUUUUAAUGUGUUCAUUUUAUUUAUUCAUGUAGAAUCUUUUUGACACUUGAUCCCUGCAGGUCUCUGUUCAUCUGAAGUAUUUUUGAAGUAACAGAAUUAAUAAAUAUAACAAAGUUAA